GAGUAUGUCAAAAAUGCUUUGACGUGUCUCGUAGGGUUGAUUUAAUUUUUGUGAGUUUAAGUAUUUUGUGCAAUGAUUUCGUAUUAAUAAGUUUUAAUUGUGUACUAGUUAUAAAUAAAGAAAUUGUGCAAAAUGGAUUUUCUAAAAAGCGGUCUGAAGACCGUGCUGGGUGCGCCGGAACCUGGCCACCAACCUUCUGGAGCAGAGAUUGUUGAGCGCUUAGUAGACAGAGUGAACAACUCGACGCUGCUAGAAGACCGUCGCGAUGCGUGCCGCGCGCUCAAAGCGAUGUCGCGCACCUACCGCGUCGAAGUCGGCGCACAAGGCAUGGACACACUGAAACAGGUACUAGAGCUGGACCGAGCCGACAACGAGACAAUAAACUAUGCCUUAGACACCCUCAACAAUGUGAUGUCACCGACACAGUUCGAGGAGGAAGAGAACAACCCUCGGGUCCCCAUGAACAUCGGCGAGCAGUUCACAGAGAUGUUCAUCAAAGACCAUCACAACAUACAACUGGUGCUCGAUCUACUAGACGAGUACGACUUCAGAGUCCGACUCUCCGCCGUACAACUCCUCACAUCACUCCUCACAAACAGACCCAAAGACAUACAAGAAAUCAUCCUAGUUAAACCCAUGGGCGUCUCCAAAAUGAUGGACCUUCUAGGAGAUACCAGAGAAGUGAUCAGAAAUGAAACCUUACUUCUUCUUAUAAAGUUAACCAAAGGUAACGCAAAUAUACAGAAGAUUGUAGCGUUUGAGAACGCAUUCGAUAGGUUGUUCGAAAUAGUGUCGUCGGAAGGUUACUCAGACGGUGGCAUUAUUGUGGAAGACUGUUUGCUACUAAUGUUGAAUCUGUUGAAGAAUAACAGCAGUAACAUUAACUUCUUUAAAGAAGGUAGUUACAUACAGAAGAUGUUGCCUAUGUUUAACACUCCUGAUGAGGCGGAGGAAGCAGGAUGGUCUCCGCAGAAGGUGUCCAAUGUGCACUGUAUGCUGCUUAUCGUCAGGACCUUAGUUUCUCCCAGCAACUCUGCACAAAUCAUCUCUAGUUGUCAAAAAAUUAUGAAGAACGUCGGUUUGCUGGAUGCUCUCUGUAAUAUUCUGAUGUCGAGCGGAGUGCCUGCGGAUAUCCUCACGGAGACCAUCAACACAGUGGGGGAGGCAGUGAGGGGGGAUGUGACCAACCAGGAGUUCCUGGGCAACGUGAUGGCGCCCUCCAACCCUCCGCGACCUGCCAUCGUAGUGUUACUUAUGUCGAUGGUUAAUGAGAAGCAACCUUUCUCUUUAAGAUGUGCAGUCCUAUACUGCUUCCAAUGCUACCUGUACCACAACGAGAUGAGUCAGGCAGGCCUGGUGCAAACUCUCCUACCAUCUUCUUCAGACAUGUCAUCGUUGACAAGCGGGCAGCUGCUAUGCGGUGGCCUGUUCUCAUCGGAUGUGCUGUCCAACUGGUUUAGUGCUGUGGCCCUGAUGCACGGCCUGAUAGACAACCCUGCGCAGAAGGAACAACUCCUCAGGGUGCUACUGGCUACUAACAUUGGCAGCUCACCCGUGUCCUUGCUCCACCAAUGUACUCUGCUCCUGCAGCAGACUACUAAGCUUAAGUCUAAGGUGGGUCUCCUAAUGCUGCUGUGCACGUGGCUGAGUUACUGCCCGGCGGCGGUGGCGGGGUUCCUGCGGACGGGCGCGGUGAGCUGGCUGGUGGCGCAGACCUGCUCGGCCGACCACGACGACAACGAGUACCUGCUGCAGGGACUCUCCGCCUUCCUGCUCGCUAUCUGCAUACACUUCAACGAUGACACUGUUGAGAAUUAUUCUAAGGAGUCCCUGCGGCAGCUGCUGACGAAGCGCAUCGGCGUGGAGGUGCUGACGUCGAAGCUGUGCGAGGUGUCGCGCCACGAGCUGUACAACGUGGCGGCCAAGCACCCGCAGCUGCGCGCCAAGCUGCCCAAUGACGUACUCAUCGACUACGAGUUCUGCCGGCUGUUUAAGUUAUUGGAAAGUGUAGUAAUCCAGAGUCUAUCGGAGCGCCGUCCGGAGAACGGGGCGGGGUCGCCGGGGGCGGAGCGCGCGUCCCCCGAGGACGGCACCCUGCUGCAGUACAAGUCGCUCAUCCGCCAGCAGGACGCCUGUCUGCAGGAACUACGCCUGGAGCAACAGGCGCUCGUGCAGGAGAACCAGACUCUCAAGGCAUCCCUCAACGACUCACUAUCAGCGAUAUCUCACCUAAAAGACGAGAACACCCUCUUAAGAGCACAAAUGUCAGCAGCCACAGCAAUACCAAGUCAAGCUCCCCCUCCUGCCCCCGCUCCCCUCACUCUCGACGACUCCAGGGUCCAAGAAUACGAAACCAAGCUCCAGGGUCUGUCUGCGGAAGUCACCAGGCUCGCCGGAGAGUUAAAAGCUAGUCAGGAAGGUCAGAAAGCCAUGGCUGAGGAGUUGGAGAAGAUUAGAAAGGAUCAGGAUGACCUCUUGGAGUUACUCGCUGAUCAGGACAUAAAGCUAAACGACUACAAGAUGCGGCUGCUAUCGCUGGGCCACCCCGUGGAGGACGACGUGGCGGCGCCCGCGCCCCACGCGUGAUCUCGGCGCCCGCGCAACUACACGCUGCGCGAGCCCCGCUCAUACCGCGAUGGGACUGGACAACACUUCAAUUAGCUAAAGAAGCAUUACUUGUAUAAUACCUAUCGUGAGACAUACUAAAUUAAUUAAAAAUACAGGUUUACUCACGUAAGUAUUGAGAAAAACUCUACUAGUUUCGAGUCACAGUGGGACUCUUCCUUAUGUCGCGCAGACUACCUGAAACUAGUAGAACUAUUCUCAAUUAUUUAAGUGAGCAAACCUAUAUUUUUAAUUAAAAUUAGCAUUAUUUAGGACUAAACACUACUGCCUCGAUAUAAUUAUACUUCUAAUUACGAUUUCUAGGACUCGAUUUUUGAGUCAUACAAAAUAUAGAACUAGCUAGUUCGGAUAUUUACUUAGUAGGUAUAUGACUAGUGACUACUGAUUAUAAGUCCCCGUAUUUCGUACAACUUUAGGAUUUUGUCGGUGAUAAUUAUUGUUAUGUUAUGACAAUUUGAUUUAACAAUGAUUUGUUCCUUUGGCUGUAUAUAAAACCUAUAUGACUACAUAUAAAAAAAGGUUAGGUAAAUAACAUUUAUCUAUACCAUACUUUCUUUGCUUCUUUCUUGAAAUUAAAUAAUCUUCUAAGAAACUGUAUGUAUAUCGUGUCUAUCCAUGUCAAUGUUAUAUGUCUUAUUUAUUAUUUGACUUUACUUUUAAUUAUAAUAUGAUGUGAACUAUCUUAUUUAAAGCUUAAACGUUAUGCACAGUUCUUGCUUCAAAAGAAACAAAAGAUUUGUAGACCAUUAUAAAUAUAAAUAGUUUUUUGUAAAUUUAUAUUUAGACAUACUAGAUCGAUUUCGACAUUAGUCAGUCAGUCAGUCUGAAUUAAUCGAAAAAUUAUAGCGUUAUAAAAAGUUGUGGUUAUAAAAACUUACUACCUUCCGCUUAUUGUAGUCAAAAUCAGAGUGUAGUCAAUUUAAUAAGAGGUACCCGGUUGUCUGGACGCAAUACAAAAACGUAUAAAGUACUAGCUAGGUACUGUCGCGCUCUUUCACCUGCUGCUCGGCCCCUUUUGAUCGCAGCGUGACGUUUUAUAGCCUAUAGAUAACUAGGUAUAUGUACUUAUAAAGUUUAUCUAUGGACUAUAGUGCCUACUGCCUACAAAGUGCUAUGUUACAAGUCUGUUCUAAGCUUUCCCUCAGCAUGAAGCUAGUUUAGAAGUCCCUCACUCGUGCGUUACAGAAUAUAAGAAUAUUUAUAAUAUAUGUCAGUAAUAUAUUUCGAUAUUGUUAAGAUAUUGUGAUUUGAAUGUAAAAAUGUAUGAAAUAUAAAGUUAUGAUGCGUUUUGUUCAUGAAA